UCGACUUCGGGUCGCGCGUCAAACGCCCCAUCCGGGCUCCCGUGGUCCCGUCCUAGAGAGAUAGCAAGAUGCGAGGAAAAAAGUUCGUAUUACCAUCCCGACUCGAUAAGCUAGGAAGGAGAAGCGAAAAAAUGCGCCCCGGAGGGUCGCGAUCUCCAAGACAAGCGAGGGGUUGCGGUAGGACGGCGACAGCGGUCGUCUGACUGGUCUGCUGCUGUCUGUGCCCCGAGGCAGCUUUGAGAGAGCAGACGGAAAAAACAAGUCCGCCGUUCGCUUUCGCGCUGGUCGCGGUUUUCUACACUCGACCGUCCGUUAGCGACGUGUGCAAGCAUGGCCACGGAAAACGACAAGGCGGUCCUCGAGGCCGUUUUCAACCCCCUGUUCUCGGAGUUGGGAUUUUCGACCGAAGCGGAGGAAGACGAAGCUAGGAGCGGAGGUGCCGGUCAAGAUGACGGGACGCCGAACCAGGUGAAGACGCUGGAGGUCGAAGGUGUGCAGGCUGCUGAGGAGGGCCACAUUGAUCGUGCCAUCGAUAUCUUUGGCGAGGUGAUCCGUCUAGCGCCCAACAGGGCCUCCGGCUACAACAACAGGGCGCAGGCGCUGCGCAUCAAGGGCGACGUUGACCGUGCUCUAGAAGACCUGAACAAUGCCAUCAACCUUGGCCAGGGGAACAAACAUGCAGCCGCACAGGCCCUAUGUCAACGUGGGCUCAUCUACCGGCUGAGGGAGCAGGACCAAGAGGCUCAUGCAGACUUCAAGGAGGCUGCCAAAUUGGGAAGCCAGUUCGCCAAGAACCAGUUGGUCCAGAUGAACCCAUAUGCAGCUCUGUGCAACCGCAUGCUAGGCCAGAUGUUUGCAAAGCUCAGGCAGGGAGAGGAUGACACGAGAUAAUGAGCCACCAUGUGGGUGGUCCUUAUACAAAGUGAUAACUUUUUUGCCUAGGAGAAUGGCUCCUAUAAGGCUGAGCUUUGUUGACUAAUCAUGUCAGAAUUGUCCCCCUCUAACUGCUUGUAAAGAAAAAGAAAAAAAUAAGUGUAGGCUUGGCUUUUAGAGACUAGUGUUUGCUCCACGUUAUAUUUUGCAAAUGACUACACAUUGAGCUGAAACAUAUCUUUGGAUGAGAUUUGUCUCCUCUUACAGUACCUGACAUUGUAUCAUGGCCCUGUUUAUAGCUGUUACCAGGCAAGGCUCCGUCAUCACAUGGUAUCCAAACAGCACUUUAGUAUAAUUACUCCUAACACUUCCACAAAGUUUUUGUGUUCUAGGCUUGCCUGAACAGGACUGCAAUAUAUGCAAGUACUCGCAGACAACUUUCUGUGGCUAUGAAGAGAAACCUAUGGGGGCAGAGCUUCUGCACAGGUGUUACCGCGCCGAGUAGUCUGCCAGUGUUUGACAGUGCUUUUGGUUGCUUGGAACAGACAGGGAAUCGACCCAGCUUCCACGUGCAAUGGUUUCACAUUUGCCCAGACGCGGAAGGGAAACCCGCAAAAUAAGUAAAGCUUUACAUUCAGUAGUGUGUUUUGCCUUAUUUGACUGUUGCUAUUAAGGUGUUUAUGUUUUCUCUUCCCCAGUGUAAACUAACGUGAAUGAAAACGUAGGACUCUUUACAGAAGCACUUUAACUUGUGCACGCCUUGCCUCAAUAGCUUUCCCUUCAUUGCUGCAGAAAGUUGUCGGUGAGUAUAGGUAUGCAUAUAAUAACUGCAGGUGGAAGAGAUCAGAAAGAGAUGUGUGAAUGAAAAGGCUAUAUUGUGUCAAUAAAGUUGUAUUUUUAUGAACAGUAUUUGUCACGAUGCCUGGUGUUUCUUUGAAUGUCAACCAGGCUGCUUCUUCAAGAUUACAAAGAGCAAUCUUUGAAAAGAGCACUUGUGGGUGCUCUCGACUCUCGCGUUUCCCCUGAUGCUGUUUUCCCCGCAUGGCUCUCAUGUCUCCCGUAAUCUGGCUUCUCUGCGUAGCUAAGCGCUGGCGGCGGGUGGCAGAUCAGUAUGAGAGAUGGAGAAAGUGUUGUGCUGCUAACGCCACCUAAUGGCGGGGUUACUCAUGCAUAAAAGGGCCUGUACUCUUUUGGCUUGGGGUCGGCAAGCUGCACGGACUUUCCGCACGCUCGCCCACCAUUUGCUGAACCGUCCUGCGAAAGGCUUAGGAGCAGGACACCAGAAUGGGUGAACAUGAUCAUUCAGCAUGGGGGCGAACAUGUUCACUCACUAUCUGGUCGCAGUGAGUUCGAUGUCCUCCAUUUGUCGUGUGCCCAACGGCAUGUUCUAUGGGUAGUAAUUUGGCUAGCACGUAUUAGUGCUUGAAAGGUGCAAUAAAUGCCCUUUGGAUUGUUUGCA